AUGUCGAGUUCCAUGGAGCCCCGGCCGCUCCAGUCCGCAUUCGAGAGCCCAACGUUCGCCGAGGACAGCUCAAUACAUGUCGACCAGCCGGUCGGGUCCAUGUCUAUCUCGCCAUGCGGGCGAGACGUGGUCCUAGGCUCCAAGGAGGGACUUCAUGUCAUUGACCUGGAUUCGCCCUACUCUCCUCCCCGCUAUCUCCCUCACCAUACACCAUGGGAGGUCGCCGAUGUUCAGUGGUCGCCGUUCGCCUCCCGUGACUACUGGGUUAUCAGCACGUCGAAUCAGAAGGCGCUGGUAUGGAAUUUGGCCAUGAAGACAUGGCAAAACUCCAUCGAGCAUGUUCUUCAUGCCCACUCGCGUGCGAUUACCGAUAUCAACUUUUCCGCAUUUCAUCCCGACCUUCUCGCUACCUGUGCCGUGGAUAGUUUCAUACACUGCUGGGACUUGCGAACUCCGUCCCGCCCGGCCAUAUCCUUCUCGGACUGGUUUACUGGCGCCACGCAAGUCAAAUGGAAUCGUCAAGAUCCCCAUGUGAUUGCAAGCUCCCAUGAUCGGUUCCUGCGCAUCUGGGAUGAUCGCAUGGGUGCUUACCCGAUCCGAUCAAUCGAAGCGCAUGGCACUAAGAUUUAUGGCGUAGACUGGAAUCGUGUUCGGCCUAAUGCGUUGACGACAUGCUCACUUGACAAGACCAUCAAAUUCUGGGAUUACAAGUCAGAAACUGAUACCCCGGAGAAAAUGAUCCGUACUCCAUUUCCUGUCUGGCGUGCUAGAAACACUCCAUUUGGAUGGGGUGUUCUUGCUAUGCCGCAGAGAGGUAACAGUGAUCUUCAUCUCUACAGCCGCCGUGCUGGCGAUGGAGCCAGCCCUAACGAAGACUUACCUUUGGUUCAUAGUUUCCCUGGUCACAAAGGUCAAGUAAAAGAGUUUCUUUGGAGGUCUCGUGGAGGCGUAGCAGACGGCGUCGAUCACAGAGAGUUCCAGCUUGUUACAUGGGGAACUGAUCGCGAACUUCGCUUGCACCGCAUGAACCCAGAGAUUCUUGAGCGUGUUGGCUAUGAAAAAGGCAAGACAUACAUUUCCAAUCGGAAUAUCAGCCGGCUAGGUGCAGUGUAUCGGAGCUUCCGAGAUGUCAAUUCUGAUCUGGAGGUCGAGGAUCCUGAGUCAGUGUCUUCGAUCAGACAGAAUGCAACCACGCAGUACGCAGGUGGCCCUGGUAUGAACGCUAUUGUCGUUCCCCAUGUCCGCUCUUGGACACGUGGAGCCCGCUUGGACUCUAGAGUUGGUAUGCAGCCACGGUCCAAUCUAAGAGCUGAUACGAACCCUAUUGCUUGGAUGCGUGGCGUGAAAAUUUCAGGCUGGGAUAUCGAAACUCUCGGUGAUGAAAUUAGCCACGUCGGCGACAAAUUCAGUAAGGUAUCAUUCGAGUCAGUCGAUGUUCGACAGAGGAAAAUAUCGAUUUCCUUGCAUGGGCCUUGGGGUGUAGACGGUGAUUCUCUGUUCCUGAAAGUGGACAUCAAAUUCCCCACCAGUUACCCCAAGAGCGCGAUCCCUACCUUUGCAUUCCAGAAAACGGCAGCUGUCACUGAUGAGCUGUCUCGAAGAAUUACAGCUGACCUGCGGACGAUUGCUGAGAUCUGCAUGUCUCAAAAACGAGGGUGCUUAGAAGGAGCUGUACGCUAUCUUCUCGGCGAAAGUAGUCUGGAAGAGAGCAUUGCCCUUGUUCUAGGCGAGACUGGCGAAAAUGUCAAGUCGCCAGUGAAUGACGAACUGGAAGGAGAAUCCAGCGAUGAAGAUGAAGUUGGGAUGACCCAGAGCCAGGAACUGGGCCUGAGCUCGGAGCUGUUACGGCCCGUUAAUGCCAAUGUUAUGGUUCCCGUGGCCAAAGUGUGCGGCGCCUUGUGGGCGAACGAUGGUCGCCUGGUCUGCUUUUUCCCUCCCAAGAGAGACAAGUCCACGGCUCUCUUUGACAAUCUUGGAUUCAAGGAGAUGAACCGACUGUCGCGAUCAGACAAGGUUUUUGAAGGCACAGAUGAUGGCGCAUCCGAUUACUCCGAUGAUUCGUACUCCGAGACUUCUAGCUCAUCAGGAUCGUCAGAUAUCCUGUCCGGGCUACCUGCGCGUUUCCAGCCACCUCAAACUUGGCGUAGUGCCGGGAGCAUUGGGAUCUAUCGGCCGCGAUCUACUAAUAAUUCCCAACGGUCUGCGGGCGGGGCAGUGGUGUUGAAGCCACCAGAUGCAGUACUGAAUUUCGUCUCGAUUCAUGAUUUUAGUGAUAUGCUACCGGUCAAGCGGGAGCUUGCGAGCAAAUAUCGCAUCUGUGGCAAGGGGCCAGACGUAUGUGCGCACAAUGCUGCGGUUGCUCUUGAUGCUGGUUACUAUGAAUUGGCUCAGAUCUGGGGUCUGAUCAAGCUGGUCUUGCAUGUAAGGAGUACUCCUGUGUCUGCCAUCGAGGCGAAAAAGGGCUUGAGGCGGGCUGUGCUCGGAGGGAAUGGACUCGACCUGAAACGAGCUCUGCCAAACGAAGAACUCCCCGGGGGCCUGGCCAGCGCCGUCAUUCGAUGGGCCGACCAUCCUCUGGGUAGUCAUUGGCUUGUUCCAGCCUUAUUCGAUCAUUUCGAGCGUAUUGGAGAUGUUCAGAUGGUGGCUUUGCUUUCCUGUGUUCUAUUCGAUGCGAAACAGGAGAUCCGCCCCGACAAUUCGCAGGAAAUGUACCCCACAGAGCCUGCUUUCUCUUUAGAUUUCUCGUCAAGAUAUGGCGUCCUGACUACACCCCCUUACUCUACGGGCACUACCCCUCCUAAUGCCUCUCGCCCGCGAGGCAUCGUGGCCGAUCGGAAGAUGCCGAGCCAGGAUGUAUCCGGAGCAGCGUCGCCGGACCAGCCGAAUCAACGAGGCGGCUCUGGAUUUGGGUCGGUACUUGCUUCCUCGUUAUCAAAAUCAUUCACAUUCGGCCCGUCAUCGGCCUCGCCGCCCAUAUCCAGCCUCCUCAGGAAGAAACCAAGUCCUGGAGAUAGUCCCAACACUGCCAAUCUUCAGCCGAUGCAGUCGGAUACUGAGAGUGAACGACUUGUUAAGCCGCGUGGUAAAUCCGCACGCUUCAAAGUCACUUUCAAGAAUCAAAAUGCCUUUGAUGGCGGCGAUCCAGGCUCCAACUCGCUUCUCGAUCGAAGCAAAGAAGGACUUUAUCGCGCAUAUCGUGCUGCAUACGCGGACAUAUUACUCAUGUGGGAUCUCCCCGUCCAACAAAGCGAGGUUCUUAAAAUUGGACGCUUCUCCAAGGACGAGGCCACUCUCAGAGACAAGUACUACGGCGGUCAAAGCUCCAACAUAACAUCUCUUCCUGAUCCCACGCCGAUGAGCGACAGUGGCUCCGACAUAGAGGGACUAGAUUUCCAGCGCCAUUGCGCCAACUGCGGACACGCUCUGAAGCGCUCAAUCUUCGCUGCCGCACCCGCUGUCCCUGAAACCCCCUCAAAGCGUCACCGUCGAAAGCACGGCGUUGGCCAGAAGGAGGAGGAUCUAGACUUAUGGCAGACUUCGUCGCCUUUCGCGUCCCUUGCACGCGGCAUGGGCGGUGGCCUUAGCCAGGGACUACGUAGCAAGGAUGAUCGGAAGAAGAACCGGUCCAUUGCUAUGCCUGCCGCCGGGCGCAAAUAA